AUGGCUUAUCUCGCCGGGGCCUUUUACGCCCGAUUAGGUGUGAAAAGGCGGACAGUGACCGACCGUCGUCGAAGAACCAAGCCACGCUGGGAGAACUCCGACGCGUCAACGCUUUCACGACAUCACUUGCAAUGCUGUACACACAGGUAG